AUGGGUCUCCAUCGUGUUGAAGUAACACUUUUGUGUUGUGUGUUGGUCGUGCUUGGAGUCUUACCAUUCUCUUCUGAUGCACAACUAGACCCUUCCUUCUAUAAUGCCACAUGUCCCUCUGUGCAUUCUAUUGUACGUGAAGUCGUUAGAAAUGUUUCUAAAUCAGACCCCCGAAUGCUUGCUAGUCUCAUAAGGCUCCACUUUCAUGACUGCUUCGUUCAAGGGUGUGACGCAUCAAUUUUGUUGAACAACACUGCCACGAUACUGAGCGAGCAAGAAGCUUUGCCAAAUAACAACUCAAUAAGAGGUUUGGAUGUUGUGAACCAGAUCAAGACUGCAGUGGAAAAUGCUUGUCCUGGAGUGGUUUCUUGUGCUGAUAUUCUUACCCUUGCAGCUGAAAUAUCUUCUGUUCUGGCUCAUGGUCCUGACUGGAAAGUUCCAUUGGGAAGAAGGGAUAGUUUAACAGCAAACAGAACACUUGCUAAUCAAAAUCUUCCAGCUCCAUUCUUCAACCUCACUCUACUUAAAGCUGCCUUUGCUGCUCAAGGCCUCAACACUACUGAUUUAGUUGCACUCUCAGGUGCUCAUACAUUUGGCAGAGCUCACUGCAGCGCCUUUGUUGACCGAUUAUACAAUUUCAGCAACACUGGCAACCCUGAUCCAACACUUAACACAACUUAUUUACAAACACUUAGAGCAAUAUGCCCCAAUGGUGGACCUGGCACUAACCUCACCAACUUUGACCCAACCACACCGGACACAUUUGACAAAAACUACUACUCCAAUCUUCAGGUUCACAACGGUUUGCUUCAGAGUGAUCAAGAGCUGUUUUCCACCACUGGUGCUGAUACCAUUGACAUUGUCAAUAGGUUCAGUAACAACCAAACUCUUUUCUUUGAGAAUUUCAAGGCUGCAAUGAUAAAAAUGGGCAACAUUGGAGUGCUAACGGGAUCACAAGGAGAAAUUAGAAAACAAUGUAAUUUUGUUAAUGGGAACUCUGCUGGGUUGGCUACUAUGCCCACCAAAGAAUCAUCAGAAGAUGGCUUAGUUAGCUCAAUCUAA